AUGUGUUUUAGUGCUUUAGUGAAAGUUGUGAUUUUUCUCACUUUUUUUCCUCAUCGUUCAGCAGGUACUGACUCCAUGCAGUUCUUUGUCACUGCAGUCAGAGAAGUUAGUUUUCCAGAAUUCACUAUUAAUGGUUUCCUGGAUGAAGAGCAGAUUUUGUACUAUGACAGCAUCAUGAGGGAGCUGAUCCCAAAGAAGGAGUGGAUGAAGAAGGUUGAUGCUGAUGCUCCAGGAUUUUGGAGCACAUACACACAGACUGCUCAGGGUAUUCAGGCGGACUUUAAAAACCGUAUGGGUAUAAUAAUGCAGCUCGCUAACAGCACUGCUUCUAACGGAGUUCACACAUAUCAGAACAUAUUCAGCUGUGAGCUUGAUGAUGAUGGAACUACUAGGGGACAAUACAAGUAUGCUUAUGAUGGAGAAGAUUUCAUCAGUCUGGAUUUGAAAACAGUCACCUUCACUGCAACUAAUCCUAAAGCUGUUGGUACCAAACAAGACUGGGAAUCUAGAGGUUUAGCUAGUCUCUUCAAGAGCUACCUGGAGAAGGACUGCAUCAAGUGGUUAAAGAAUUUUGUAUCGUAUGGCAGGGAGACUCUAGAGAGGAAAGAUCCUCCUGAGGUGUCAGUGUUCCACGAGCACCUCCCUUCUCCAGAGGUGGUGUGUCACGCUACAGGUUUCUUCCCCAGUGGACUGGUGAUGUUCUGGCAGAAGGACGGAGAGGAACUGCAUGAGGACGUGGAGAUCAGAGAGACUCUACCAAACCAGGAUGGAACCUUCCAGAAGAGAGCUGUUCUGAGAGUCUCACCUGAGGAGCUGAAGGAACAUGAAUACACCUGUGUGGUUCAGCACAGCAGCCUGGAGAAGGACUUAGUGCUGCCAGUUCCAGAUGGAGGAUCUCUUGGUGCUGGAGCGAUUGUUGGUAUAGUCUUGGCUGUUUUUGCUGGUGUUGCUCUUGUUGUUGCUGUUGGAGUUCUGAUCUGGAAGAAGAAGAAGCCUACUGUUAGAACCCGCAGCUCCUCCUUCAUCUCUACAAGCACCAACUCCAACACUUCUGAAGUUUCCUCUUCAUCAGAGUGAUCACAGUCCUGCUGGUGGAGAUGAUUCUGUGUUUAGGUGGAGGAACAUUUUAUUGUGAAACUGUUACUGGUGUACAAUUAUGAAUGAUUAUUGAGGGGUUUAACUGGUGUAAAAUGGGAGUACUGGGGAUUGUUAUUGGUGAUAAUGCUGUGACACUGUGCUUUUCUACAGAAAACAAGUUUUUAUCUUUAUGAAUAGUAGUGAUGGUGUCAAAGCAAGAGUUUUAGUUUAUAUUCAGAGAUUUUUUUAUGUUCAGCGACCACAUGUAUUAAACUGAUUACAGACCCCGCAUUAAAGUAAUCAUACCAGUAGUUCUGUUUGUGCACUUUAUGUGUUCAGUAAGGAACCAUGAAUAAAACACUACCUGUUCCUUUAUUAAUCAGUGUAAAUUAGUACAAAUAGAUGUGCAAAUAUUCACCUCCAUAUUUACUGUAUAUAAGAUUAAACACCCACAGUUAAGCUGUGUAUAGCACUGUGAUCAUGGGAUCAUGUUAUGAUGUGAUGGUUCUUUACUAUUAAACAAUUACAGUCCCUAAAAGAUUUUUCAAUAAAACACUAUAUCAGCUGUAA